AUGGUGAAGCUGCUCUGCGCGGUGGUUGGAGUCGGGAGCGUCUUCUCUGUGGACAUUGAGCUCAGCGAGAUGGUCAGUGAUCUGAAGGAGAAGAUCAAGGAGAAGAAGCCCGGUUUGAUCUACUUUGAUGCAGAUCUGCUGAAGCUGUAUCUCGCGCGGGAGGGUGACACUUGGCUGUACUCGCGAGGCGCAGACAUUAAGGCGGUUAAGGCGAAAAAAAUUCCAGAUCGAAUUAAAAACCUCAUGCAAGAGCACUUGCUACUGGACGAGGCGUGCAGACUCAACAAUGAUGAAUACUUCGGUGACAACCUCGAGCAAGUAGACAGAGACAUCCAUGUGCUGGUGGACUGUCCGGAUGAGCCGGAUCGAGUCAUCAAGUACAAGCGACAGGAUGGAUUCGAUGGUGCUUCUACGGAGAAUUGGUUCUCAUGGUACUUGCCGUGGUCUUCUCUGCAGUCGUUGUUUACUGUGGAAAAGGAGAAACACGCGUAA